UUGUUUUCUUAUUUCAUGAUCUCUAUUUUAGUUUGAUUUGAAUAUAAUCAAUUUGUAAAUCUAAUUAGUUAGGUUUAUUUGAAUCGGUUAAUUAAGUAAUUUGUGUAACUUUGUCUUUUCGCACCUGUCAUGUGAACAUACCUAUAUUUUCUCCGUACAUGGUAGGCAAAAAGUUAAAGAAACAUUAGGACGCCAUAUCUUUUCAAUUUGAUUUUUGUUCAUACUUAAAUUCCAGAAAUCGAGGAUACGCCAUGUCACAAUUGAAACUUAAAAAAUUACAUUUAUCAGAACUGAAACAAGAGAUAUGUGCCGAUAUUGGAAUAGUAUCCACCGAAGACCAAAUAGCUUUACAAUGCUCAAAUAAUCAGCUUAUUAUAUUGGAUCUUUUGAAUUCAUCGACAGAUUUAACCGAUUUGCCCUAUAAUUUGUAUUAUGUAGAAAUUCCUCAAAAUUAUAAUUUAGGUACUUCAAGUAAAUCUGAUUUAAGUCGAUCCUAUAAUAGCAGUAGCUUACUCGAGCAGCAACAAAGAGUGUUGAAUCCAAAAUAUGUUGGUCAUUUUUCCUGCGAACCACCAAAAGUAAACGCAUUGCAGUUUAAACAAGCCGCUUGGAGUUUAUGUAGGGAGCAAUCGCUUGCUGUUAUUGUAACUGACACUGGGUUAUGUCAAAUAUUAAAGAAAAAGAAUGUGCCAAGCCGCCACUGGAGUGCAAUCUUCAACGUAAAUGAUUGUUUUUUAGACAGGCUAUCAUCGUCUAAAAUUAUUGGUUGCAGUGAAGAAAUCCUCAGUAAGCUUUUUACAGAGUGUUAUAUCACUUCCGCUGUUUGGCAUCGAACGAAACAAAUAUUAUUUAUAUCAUUUAAAAUCGGAUAUGUAGCAACACUUCUGUUCACAGAUGCAUUUAAUGCAAGUUUGAAAGAGAUUUUCAUAACAAAAAUGGAACUAAAUAAUAUAUGUGAUAUAAACUUAUUUGAUCAUUACAUGCUAAUUAGUAGCAGGGAUGGUAUUUUGCAGCUUUUUUCUUUGAAUAGCAGUGACAACAGUAAUCCUGUAAUAACACCGUUGGCCUUUUUAUGGACAAAGAUAGACAACUUGACCUGCAACAAAAUUAUAAUAAAGAAAUUUUCCCCAAGCAUUAACCUUGUCGUUUUUAAUAAAGCUGCUCACAUAUUUGUCUAUGCGCUGAGUACUGAGGGCAAUAUUAUAUGCAGUAACUCGAUUUAUGUUGGUGGAAUAAAAAUAACUGGAGUUCAAUUCACGUCCUCUACGGAAUUUAUCGUCACCACUAUUACGAAUUCUAUACAUUAUUUCCGUGUACUUUCUGCACUGCACAAUGAGCUUAAAAUAAGUGAACAAGUUAUUGAACAUGAACUAAACGCUCCUAACCUAGGCAUUCUUGGAGUGGUGCAUUCAUUAAAAACGCGUCACUUCACAUUUAUUUUAAUGCGUGUAAGCGAAUAUACACAACAAUGUAAAUACAUGCACAGCAGUAUAUUUGUUAAUAUUUCAAAGUUAGAAGAUGUUGACGCUCAAAGUGAACUGAUAAACUCUUACUUAAGUGAAAUAAAUCCAAGUCAAGACAAUAUCUUGAAUACCAGUUUUGAUAUAUUCAGCAAUCUUGAGAAUUAUAAUUCAUUUUCGGAUAUAAUUAACCUUACGCUACCGGAUAUUUUGGAUGAUAAAUUUUUACUUCAGAUGCAGACCAAAUUUGUGCUUGCUUCAAAUAUUUUAAGCUGCCAAAGAUCUAGUCAAAAGAGAAACAAGGAAUCUACGAUAUUGGCAUAUAAAUUCCUUUUAACUGCCAUACAAAUCGUUCAUAUAAUAUGCCGGCUAAAAUUUUUACUGUCUUUGGAAUCUGCCAGCCUGAGCAUAUUUCUACAGGAGACAAUACAUGUCUUUAGAAAUAAGUAUAAACUUUUACUUCAUGACUUGAAAACACUUUCUACGGAACAAAUUUUUGUAAAACAGGCAAUAGAAACAUAUUUGAAAUUUUUUACAAGGUCUUUCAGUGCUAAUGUUGGUGACAUUAAUGCUGUCUGGACUGAAAAAUGUCUAUAUUGCAAUAAUUUUACAAACGCUGACACUAUGAUGUGUGACAAAAAUCAUAAAGUGAAACGGUGUUCUGUAUCACACGUACAGCUCCCCAUCAUCACAACCCGUCAUUGUCCGCGAUGCCAAUAUUAUGCGUUAGAUGACGAGAAUCAACUACAAGAACUCUUUGCUGAAAAUGAAAGCGUUAAAUGCACUUUUUGUCGUUCUGUUCUUGUUGUUGAUUGUAUUUGAAAGUACAAAGGCUUACUACGAAUCAAUGCAUACCAAAUCUAAGUUCACCAUGUAGCAUGUUUGUAAGAUUGGCUUAACUGUUAUAUGAAGAAAAAUAUUACAAAAUUAAAUUACCAACUACAUGAUAUCAUAA